GGUAUUCUGUAAGUGUCCACUAAGUGGUAUGCCAAUUUCAGUGUGUGCUGCAUGUAUAGAGCCUGAGAGCCGGCAGUGACGAUUGGCACCUUCCUUACCAGCUUUGAGCUCUAUUCAAUCAGUGUGUGCUGAAAUGAACAGUGGACCCUUACAGAAUGCACCUCCCCCCCCCCCCCCCUCAUUUCCUGUGAAUGACGCAUUACGUUAAGUACAUUUUAGCUCUGUUGCAUGUGGUAGACCAUCAGUGCUACAUGGAUCUUGGGCUGCGAAUAGCAGUCCUCAUUGGAAAAAAAAAAGGGAUCAUAAUGUAGUGUUUUCCCUUCAGCUUAUUCACCAGUCUCCUUUCGGUUCACUCUGGAGUUGAAUAAUUUAGCAGAAAGAUUGUGGCUCUAAGCAACAGCACAAAGGAAAAAGCAAAAGGCAUGCAGUAUACAGUCAAGUCUCAUCAUAACCAAAUGGGCUAUAACAAACUUGCUGGUAUAAGGAACUGGUCAUAGUUCUCAAAGUUUUCGCAGAAACCCACAGAAUUAUCUGAUUUUAACUGGUGCAAAAAAUCCAGCAGAAAUGGAUGUAACAAACCCCUCUCAUUUGAGAACAAAGAUUUGCUGCUUAUAUUAUACUGACUAGGCCAAACUCUGGUGGUCGCUUGUCCAAGACGGUAGUCGUGCGUCUGAUGCUGCAAAUCAAAGCUGGGAUUAUGUCUCUAUGAGCACUAAUUUUCUAAAGUGACUGCCACCCUCGCCUAGAUUUGAGCAACAUUUUUUGUUUUCUUUCAGAGUGGCCCUUGUGUCAGUUAUCUGGCUAAGUACAGCCAGACUUGGGGCUAAGAAUUGAAGAAGAGGUCUACUCCCACCUGUCAAUAAAGGGAAAUCCCAGCAACGGGAGUGCAGACACGAUGCCUGCUGCGGUUGCGCAAGCAUCACCGCUGCCUCAGCUGCCAGUCCAAUUUUCGCUCCACUUAGACAUUCAAAGUAAGUGUGAAGAUUCCAGUGACUGUACCGCAGAAGCCAAGGGCAAUGCCACAUCUGUAGAUGCUGCACCAAGUGCACUGCCAGACAAAGGUGCUGUAACAAGUGAAGCCAGCCAGCAGCCAAGCGGUGUUAACAGCACAAUACAUUCUUGUCCACAUUGCCCCUAUGUUGCGUGGAGUUCACACCUGACAACAGACUUGCGGAUCCAUACUGGAUAGAAGCCAUUCAAUGCGACGUCUGUUCAAGCUGCUUUAUCAUGAAGCCGAACCUGUCGAGGCACAUGGAGUCUCAAGUGAACGAGAAGCCGCUUGAGUGCCCCACCUGCAACUGGCCAGUCGAUGGCAAGCGGGACCGUCACAGUCACUCCUCCAUGCACCUGGAUAUUCAACCUCACCUGUCUCAUAUGCUUCGGUCCUUGAGACCGAAGAGCAAUCUAGAGGCUCGCGUGCUUGAUGUGCUCCAACUUAAAGGGGUACUGAUACUAUAUUUCCGAGUCUUCUUUCCUUGCUAUGAAGGUCCGGAACCUCUAAUCACGAGAAAAGAUACUGUCAAGCCUCACGACGCCCUAAAUAGUGUAAUGUAAUAGCUUGUCUGCAGCCAGUAUUGGUUUCAUUUCUACUGUGUUGUGAUGUCAUGAUGCAGUAUGUGGUCAUGUGAGAGCAAGACAUAUUAAUGUUUUGACACUCGCUUUGGCUUGCUCAGUCAUCCGCUAUGCUGCUACACCGCCUUCCAGAUCGGCAUAGGUCGUAAAAUAAAUGUUUGAAAUGGUUCUUUUCCGGAGUACAAAAAAAGUUGGUCAUCCCAUUAUCACUGUCACUUUCAUACUAUCAUCGCCUCUGCCGUCAUGAACUUGCUGUUGUCAUCACACACAUGCUGGUGUCACAUGCACAAUUGCUGGCUUUGCACGAACACUUUGGUCCACCAGGCAACGCUCUGCAGAACCACAAACCAUAUUGGUUAGCCAGGCACCUUCAAAAUGCUUCAGGACUGCCCGUCAUUGUCUCCAGCCGAUCAUUAUCCCUGGAAGUCGUCGAUGAUGUGCUCGGUAGCCCUUUCUCAGCUCCGGCGUCAAGCUUGCCAAAUGAAACAGAGCCAGCAAACAUGGCUGAAGUAGUAUCUGGGGAAACUCCGAUCGAGACCGUCGAUGUCCUUUCAGGGGAGGUUGCCGGCACUGAAUUGGUGGGCCGGAGGACUGCCAGCUGCCAGUACUGUCCUUAUGUGGCCAAGGACAGGAGCAAUCUGGCAUUCCACCUGCGGACGCACUCGAAUGAGCGGCCCUUUCUGUGCGAGGUGUGCGGGAGGGGGUUCAAGCGCAAGGAGCACGUCGAGUACCACCGGCGCAUCCACACGGGCGAGAAGCGGUACAAGUGCAGCGUCUGCUCGUACGCCUGCGUACAGAAGCAGUCCCUGAAAUCCCACAUGCGUCUCCACACGGGCGAGAAGCCGUUUCAGUGCGCCCACUGCUCAAAGGCCUUCACCUACAGAAAGCAGCUCCAUCGCCAUACAAUACAGCACAAAGACCUCGCAUAAUCUCGAGGCUUGUGACGCUCCUGCCCAACUGAACUUUCUCAAAGCACUGCACGUGUAAUGUGGAACUUGUGAGUUCGGCUCCCACCUGACAGAAAGUCCUUUUCAAUAAAAAAUAAGUCAA